AUGCGUAAGGCCUUUCUAUCUAUGAUUUUCCAGCUCGGGUUGGCUAAUCUAUCAAUAAGCACCGACGAUGCCUCCAUAGCCUCACUGUUUGGCAGGACCACGGCCCGCCCUGGGAGAACAGAGAUAUUCAAUGACGUUUGCAAGAAGACUGGCGCUUUUAUCCAGCCUCCUGUGGAGAGUGACACGCAACUUUUCAUUUGGGGCAACGAGACUCAGGUGGAGAAUGCCAAAACAGAGCUUCAACAUUUAGUGAUUCGACACCGUGACCGGCAAUUGGCGGAAAUGGAGAGGAGGUCAUCCCCAGGAUCCAGAACAUCUCGAACUCGCCAAAAAUCAGCCCAGCGACUUAUGAGACCUGGACGCCAUUUGUCUGGCAAUGCACGCAAACCUUUGGCAUGGGACAAGAUCGGUCCUUAUCACAGCAUCGAACAAAUGAAACGCAAGCAAGAGCACAUGGCAUUGGAAUAA